AUGCUCCCAGCACACCGACAUUUUGCUUCCGUAAUAACCUCAUGUGUGACGCAUUUUAAAGAGAACCCCCCCUUUACCAACUCUCAACAAGCCAUUCACGAGCCCCUUCGCGCGAAACAUCAAACCGCUACACCCCAUCUCCACCCCCACCAACUCGACGACACCAUGGACAUGGACGACGACGACGCGUUCCUGUACGGCGACGAGCCAGCCCCCGCGCCUGCUCAGGCCGCUGCGCCCGCCGCGGAUGUCGCCCCCGCUGCUGCUGACUGUGCCUCGCUUGCGGCGUACGGGAUCGACCCAUCCACUGCUGUCGCCGAGGAGCCGCUCGAGGACGGCGGCGUGGAAGAGGAGGACGAAGACGACUCUGAAUCGGACUCUGAUGAGGACGAUAUCAAGCUCGACAUGACCACCGGCCCGCAGCGCGUUCUUGACCUCAGGAAGAAGCAAACACAGUCGACGGCAAACGUCUAUGGCAUUGGCAAGUGGGCAAAGGCGUCGACGGGCAUAGCAGCAAAGCCAGCAGCAGAGCCAGCCAAUACGGCGUCAUCUGCGCCUCCGGCCGCGUCCCCUGCGAAACAUUACACGCCAACCGAGCGCCCAGGCGUCGCGCAGCCCGCUGCGAGCGCGGCGGCAGCGACUCCUGCGGCAGAUGCAAGCCCAGCCCAACCCGUGGCUGGCAACGGCCCGCCCCCCACCACUGCCCUCCCCCACUCGACUCUCGCUGUCCAGACCAUUCCCGCGACCGACCCCAAGAUUGACGGAUCGCAGCCAACUGGCAUCAUCCCCUCGACUGGAACCUCUGUGUACGACGUCGAUGUCGCGCAGUUUGAGGGGUCUGGGCAGAUCUGGCGGCGACCGGGGAGCGACCUGUCCGACUGGUUCAACUAUGGGUUUGACGAGGUCACGUACCCAAAGUACCUUCGGUACAGGCAGGACAUGGAGCAGGGACGGGUCGCGCUCGCUGGCAUGCCUGGCAUGGGCCCGCUGCCGCCGCAGGUCGCACAGCUCCUGCACCUGCAACAGCAGGGCGCGGGUGACAUGAACCCGCAGCUGCAGCAGAUGCAGAUGCAGCAGCAAAUGCAGCAGAUGCAGCAGCAGAUGAUGAUGGGCGGCAUGGACCCGGCCAUGAUGUUUGCCAUGCAGAACCAGGGCAUGGCGGGUAUGAUGGGCGGUGGAAUGCAGCCGCAGCUGCAGCAGGCAGACCAGGAUAACAGCGUGGACGACGACGACAAGGUCAGUUAA